AUGGCGACCCUAGUGCCGCAGGUAGUGUCCCUGGACCCAACGACCAUCCCCAUAGAUUAUCACACCCCCAUAGAUGACCUGAACAUAGAGGUAAAAGAUAUCAACAAGGAAGCUUGUCCCGCGGAUGAGGGUCUGAUCGUAUUUCUCCUCAACAGCGCCCCGAAGAAUAGCAGCAGCGGUGGUAGCGGCGAUAAUGGCGUAAGUGGCGGAUCGAUCAAAAUAAACUCUAACGUGAACGAUAAGACGAUUAAUGAAUUUUUAAAACAAGGAAAUAUGGAAAACUUCUCAGGAAAGAUAGGAACCAGUAAAAGCUUCUACAUCGCCAAUGACAAGAAGAAGUAUGUCAGCCUUGCGUACGUCGGAUGUGGUCCUGCGAAAGAAGAAACAGAACUAGAAAUUAGGAAAAUAACAUACGCACUAGCGACCAUGCUGCUUGAUAACAAAUACAAAAAGGUUUCCAUCGUAUUUGAGAUAAAAAUCCAAGAGAACCUAUUUAGGUUUUUCCUGGAGCAUUUAUUUUACGAAUACGUCACGGAUGAAAGAUUCAAGUCUUCUGAUAAGAGUAGCAACACAGAUUAUAUGAAAAGCUUAUCAUUGCACAUUGCCAAUGCUGAUAUGUAUAAGGGACAGAUAGACAAAGCGCGUGUGUAUUUUUAUGGUACCUACUACGCAGCACAACUGAUAGCAGCUCCAUCGAACUAUUGCAACCCAGUUUCUUUGUCCAACGCAGCUGUUGAGUUAGCCAAGAAGGUAAAGCUCGAGUGCAAAAUUUUAGAUGUCAAGGAAAUAGAGGAACUUAAAAUGGGCUCAUUUCUUUCCGUCGGAAAGGGAAGUAUGUAUCCAAAUAAAUUCAUCCAUCUGACGUAUAAAGGGGCACAGAAGGGAGAUAACCAAAAUAAGAGAAAAAAAAUUGCACUCGUAGGAAAAGGAAUAACCUUCGAUUCAGGAGGAUAUAAUCUGAAAGCUGCUCCAGGAUCCAUGAUAGAUCUGAUGAAGUUUGACAUGAGUGGUUGUGCAGCUGUGUUGGGAUGUGCCUACUGUAUAGGUACCAUGAGGCCGGAAAAUGUAGAGGUUCACUUCCUAAGUGCAGUGUGUGAAAAUAUGAUUUCGAAAAAUUCAUAUCGCCCUGGUGACAUCAUCACAGCCUCCAAUGGGAAGACUAUAGAAGUUGGUAACACCGAUGCAGAGGGAAGACUAACAUUAGCUGAUGCUUUAGUGUAUGCAGAAAAGUUGAGCGUCGAUUACAUAGUCGACAUUGCCACCUUAACAGGAGCUAUGCUGUACUCUCUAGGCACCAGUUAUGCUGGCGUUUUUGGAAACAACGAUCAGUUAAUAAAUAAAAUCUUAAAUUCGUCCAAGACGUCCAAUGAACCCGCCUGGUGGUUACCCAUGAUUAAUGAAUACAGAUCCUCCCUAAAUUCAAAGUAUGCUGACCUGAAUAAUAUCUCUUCCAGUGUAAAAGCUGGCUCCGUUGUGGCUUCCCUAUUUCUGAAGGAGUUUAUUCAGAAUACGCCAUGGGCCCAUAUAGAUAUUGCCGGAGUGUCUUGGAACUUCAAGGCGAGAAAGCCCAAAGGAUUUGGCGUCCGCCUGCUAACUGAGUUCGUCCUCAACGAUGCGCUCUAA